AUUUCGGCAUCCAUUGGCUGUAUGUCACCUAGUCACCCAUUUUUACUGCUGACUGUACAGAACUGCACAAGCCGUCAGACUGCAAGUCCGAGGCGCGUCCAGCAUUUCUCACACACAUUCCGAACUGUCUCUACACCGAGUCAGAUUCCGGCACUUGCAUAACCUUAUUAUUAUUACACUUACUCAUAAACACCAUAUACUCGGUAUCUCGCUCUGUUCGUCUUCUCCCUCAUCUCCCCAGCCUGGAAACCAUCUAUUUUGUCGAGUUGGACCCUGCAACGAGGGACGAAAUAUAUUGAGCAAACACGAUAUCAGAGACACGGAGCCUCGGGUGAGUUUUUAACGUCCGGCUCCUGUCCAAGCAACAUCACCUUGUUUUUAUGGGAUCAUCCCUCACUUAAUGCAAAUUGCCGUCAUGUUGUGUCUAUCAACUUACUCUUGCUAAUCGGUACCGUCCAAGAGGAUAGGGAGGGACAGCCGCCAUCUAUAAAGGGGGGUGCUUGGGCUUGGGACGCGUACACACUCAUCAUGCAUGCAAAGUCUCUCGCGACAGGUCUUGUCUUGUGGCACAGUGGCAGCCGAAAGAUUCCAAGAUCGCCAUUUGAUUCAGUGUGACUCAGUACCACCCUCCCCCCGCUGCCUGUCGAUCAGACCCUGGUAGAGCACGGCCAUUAUCUCUUUCCCAUAUCAGCCAAGCAUCACCACCACCACCACCACCACCACCUCUGGUUCGAUACCAAACGACAUCAUCAACAAAGCCAGAACAUGGCGGUAAAGGACGAACUCAGGAUCCUCACGCCAAUUGGCAUGCUGGGGUACUCCUUCGACGAGCACCUGUACUGGACCGAGAUAGAGAACGGCGUCGACGCCAUCAUCCUCGACAGUGGCUCUACAGACAGUGGGCCCUCGCGCCUGGCCUUGGGACUGACGUCUGCUUCGCGUGAGGCAUAUGAGCGGGACCUCAAGCUUCUUGUCACCGCCAGCGCGAACAAACACAUCCCCGUUCUUAUCGGCUCUGCCGGAGGCGACGGAACAAAUGCCCACGUGCAGCUUCUUGUCGACAUCGUCAACGAGGUUGUCGAAAGGGAAAAGUAUCGCCAACUGAAGAUCGUCACCAUUCACUCCGAGAUUACCAAGUCCGAGGUACGAGCUAGUCUUGGCCGAGGUGAAAUCACGCCGUGCGGUGGAGGUGUCCCGGAGCUCCUGUCUUCGGACAUUGACGAUGCCGUGGUCAUCGUUGCCCAGAUGGGCCUUGAGCCCUGGGUACAGGCCAUGCGGGACUAUCCUGACUUCGACAUCAUCAUCGCAGGUCGAUCCUAUGAUCCGGCGCCUUACGCGGCCUUUUGUGUGCACAAUGGCUUCCCGGAUCUUGGUCUUGCUCACCACAUGGGCAAAAUCAUGGAAUGCGGUGCUGUCUGCGCGACGCCAAAGAGUGCCGAGGCUUUGGCUAUUGUUCGACAGGAUUGCUUUGAAAUCCGGCCCCUGAAUCCGGUAGCCAAGUGCACACCUCUUUCUGUGGCGGCGCACACCAUGUAUGAGAAGCCCCGGCCUGACCUCCUUGCCGGACCGGGCGGGAUUCUUGACGUCCGCGACUCGACGUACACACAGCUCCCUGACGGCCGGACGAUCCGUGUAACCGGAUCCAAAUUCAUCCCCUUUUCGCCCGACCAGUCCUCACCGGAGCCAAGCGUCAGCAACACAAAGUACACCAUCAAGCUCGAAGCGGCCAAGGUGACUGGUCACCUCGCCAUCUUCAUCGGCGGCAUCCGCGACCCCAUCAUGCAGUCCCAGCUCAACGAUUUGUUGGUGCCCAUGAUCAAGAAGCGCCUGCAUCAAGUCUACACCUUUGACUUUGACCUCAGCUUCAAAUUCUACGGCCAGACACCCCUCAUACCCGGCAUCGCCCCUCAGCCAGCACACUUCCCCACCGAGAUUGGUGUGCUGGGUAAAGUCCUGGCACAAACACCGGCGCAAGCCAAGGCUGUGGCAAACCUGGCAAAGGUAUACUUUGUCCACGCCCCCUACCCAGGGCAGGUAGCCACAGCAGGGAACUUUGCCAUGCCGCUCGCCCCGUGUGACAUCUCUGUCGGGCCGGCGACGCAGUUUUGCAUGUACCAUCUCAUGGAGAUCGACGACCCCGUGGUGCCAUUCCCCAUCUCUGUGCAGACUGUCGGGAGGGUGCUCGCCCCUGAGGAGAUUCAAACAAACGGGACCCACCCAAAAGAGAUCUCCCCCCUUGAAAAGCUCAAGUCUUCCCGGCCGUUGUUCCCGCCUUCUUUGGUUGCGCCGGAAUUGACGUGUUUUCCGAAAUCGGCGCUUCCGUCUUCGGUGCCGUUGUAUAAGCUGGCCAAGACGCUCAGGACGAAGAACGCGGGCCCGUAUUCGGUCACGUUGGACAUCUUGUUUCCGACACGGGAGGUGUUUGAGCUGGUGGUGGAGUCGGGGGUUUUGACGAGGGGGGGGUUGGCGGAGAUGUAUGGGAUUGGGAAGGAGGAUAUUACAGAGUUUAUGUUUUGGGAACCGGCGCUGGCGUUCAAGGCCACGUGGCCUAGGAGGAGGGUGAGUGGGAGUUGGGAUGAUGAUGAUGUUCAUGCUAGUGGGGGGCAUGUGGGGGUUAUGGGGAUUGAGGUGGUGGUUCCGGCCGGUUUUUCUCUCAACGGUGAGGCUUGGUUAUGAUUUAUGACUGGCGAUGAUGUGAUGAAGGACGAGUGGAAAUGUGUGAUACCCUGGGAUAAUGGAUUGUUGUGUGUGU